CUUGCUGUCGCCGUCUCUGUUGCUGAGGUGCUGCCAUCGCCAUUGCCGUUGCCGUCGUCGUCGCUUGUUCCGUGUCUGACAGCUGGUCUUUUGCAUGCUCCAACUGUCCAAAUAUUUUUGGCGCCCCAACACCCUGGCCCAGCACAGACCCUCUGCCUGAAUAUCCAAAUGGGUCCUGCCCGCGAACACAAGCUCCCUGGUACCGCGGUCACUUCCCCAUCCGGAAAUUUAAUAAUCAGCACUCGCACGAUUGCGCACCUUGGGUUAUGGGUUGUGGCCUCUCAGUAAUGGACUGAAGAAUAUCAAAUUGCAGACCUAGUUGUCGCGUGGCGCCAGUGACGCCACGAGCAACCAACAGUCAUGUCGCACAGAUAUGAUCCAUUUCACCCACCUCGACCCUAUGGUCGCGGUUCAGACAGGAGCUGGGACUCAUCCAGAACCCCAAACGACAGUGAACGCGACAAUGAUCGCGAUCGUAUCAGACCUCGAGAUCAUAGUCGAAGCCAACUGUCGCCGCGAGAGCCACGAGAGCCACCCACAACUGGGUCGUUACCGCCAAACCCCGCCCCUAGACCCCCCCCGAAAACUAUGGCAACACAUCCUCUACCUGCAAAAUCCUCCCAGACAAGGUCUGCACCAUCAGCGACACAAGUACCACCGAAACCAGACACUCCAGGUUCUCGAUCGAGACAGGAGAAUACCGGUGGCCUAUCCGCAAGCUCCACCCCUACUAAACCUAGCUUCGCCAGCAAUGGGGACCCGUCUCGAGACGUUGCGAAGGCUUUUCUCGACUUCGGCGAGUUGGUUGCCCACAAGGCCAGCCUAGACCUACAGCAAGAUUGCCUAGACCGUGCUAUCAAGCAGCGGAAGACCGACUACGAGAAGUCGGUGCAGAGGUACCCCGAGUUCCAGUCGGUUCCAGAGAUGCAGAACAAGUUCAGAGACAAGCAGUCCCGCGAUGCGAAAAGGCUCGAGGAACUGCGACGUGGCCAUGAUGCAAAAUAUACGCGAGCAGCGGAAAUGCUGUCUGUCCAGCUUCUUAAUGGACUGCCCCUCUUGGACAAGCCAACCCGAUUGAAGGAGACUGAAGCGCAUCGACUCAAGGAUAUUAAACCUGAACUUGCAUCUCUUAAGAACCAGAUGCAACAGCUCAAUAAUAGCUACAAGAGCCAAUUCGCGCACCAGCAGAGUGAAUUUGCCGAUCAACUUGCGAAGCAGAAGGAGGAAUUCAAGAGACAGAUGGAGCAGAUGAGGAAGGACAUGGCAGCGCAACAAGCCGAACGGGAGCAGCGUCAACAGGAAGAGUUCAGAGCCCAGCUCUCUAAAUAUGAAGUAUACACCAAGGCGCUGGUUCAGAACCAAGAGGCCGAACGACAGAGGAGUGUGCAGACCAAGACAUCUACCGACGAAUUGGCCGCACUGCGCAACGAGAAUGCCGGGCUCAAAUCCGAAAUGUCCGCCCUGCUGGCCCGGGCCGAUGAUCGAGCUCGGGAGCUAGCCCAGUGCAAGGAGGAGGUCACGUCGUUGCACAUAGCUCUCGAUGACUGUGUCGCGACGGCGAAAGAUACCCAGUCGACGCUCAGGAACGUUGAUCUAGAAGGUAUAGAUCAGAUUGCUGAGAUCUUCCUGGGUGACUGGCCAAACCUUCAGGCCAGGGUAACAGACCAUGAAAAGCGACUCGACGAAGUGUCCCAGGGCCUCCAGGCCUGCCAACCACCUGCAACAGGAGCCGAAGACGGUUCUUUGGUGCAUACUAUGGAGCAGACCAACCAGAGAGUUGAGCAGGUCAGGCAGAUGCAAGAAAUGAUGGGCGAUAUGUGGGGUGGCAUGUUAGAUGACCUGGGCAAGCAGCUGUCCGGCCUGACGUCUCGCACUAUAGGCCUCGAGGAGCUGGCGGCCAAGCUUCCACAUACGGUGCCGGAUGUCGACUUGAUCAAAAGCACUACCGACAAGCUUGGUCAAGACUUUGUCAAGCUGGCGGAGAAGGUGGAAGGUGUCAGCGAUAAAAUGGAACAGAAGUGCGAGUAUCUCAACCACCAGUUUACGACUCUCGACUCCCAGUACAACAACAUCUCGACAAAGGCUCUCGCAGAGCACAUCAUCGCACAAAUGGAGACGUUCUACCCGACUAAUGGGCAGAUAGUGGCGGAUAUAGACACGCUGAACAGGGCGGUCCAGGAGCUGAAGCAGCGGUGGACGGAACUGAGGGAAGAACAGAAGGCGAUGCGGAAUGAUCUUGAUGAUAUUUCAAACCACAUGGACCACCUGUUUCCCGACCCGGUGGCGAGUGGAAACAAGAGGAAGAGACUCGAGGCGGACCCGAAUGGGCUUCAGAGCCAGCGCCAGGCCAAUGGCAAGGGUCGAGCGGCUGAUUAGUUGAAGGGCCCUAGCCGAGGUUUGACGAGGCUGAUCCUAUGCAAGGGAAAAUUGGCAUCCAAGGGAUCUGCCUGCAAUGCCAAUCCUGUUGCAAAGAUGCCUGCCAAGUAACGCGUUAUCGAAGGACGGAUUUCCGCUUUACAUACCUCGUUUGGCGGGAAAGGAGACAGGAAAGGGAAGGAGGGUGGAGGACGGCGAGGGUGUCAAAAAUGCAGCGAAGUAACGGCACGAGAAAAUGGGAGGAAUGAAUGGGAUACCCCUUGGGCGUUGUUUGCACUAAAGUAUGGCUAUCUACCUAUUAAAUUGGUAGGUAGCAAGGGAAUGAUUGGUUUACGCAAUAAGGUUGAACCUAAACCUACCUAGCUUUACCGGCAGGUAGGGAGGUAGAUACACAUUGUAUCAUAGGUACCUCGAUGUAGGUUAGAUAAUGUACUACUGUGCCAGUGAAUAAACUGCUACCUUACGUAUGUUAAGCA